AUGAGAUACCUCGCCCUCGCCGCCCUCACAUCAGUAGCCACUGCCGACUAUGUCUGGCCCGGACCCAAUGACCACAUGGAAGACCUCCUCUACCUCCAAUCCGGCUUCAACCGCUUCGGCUUCGUCGAUGGCAUCUUAAGCUGCGCCUUCGGACAGAAUGUACGCGGACGUCAGAAUUCCGCAGAAUGGAUACGCACCGCAUACCACGACAUGUCAACGGCCGACGUUGACGCUGGAACCGGAGGCCUCGACGCAUCUAUUAUGUUCGAAACCAUGCGGGAUGAGAACAAAGGCAGUGCUUUCAACAACACAUUCGGCCAUCUGCACAGCUUCCAUACUACACGCUCGACCGGUGCGGAUCUGCUUGCGCUGGCGGUCGUCGGGAGCAUGAGCGUCUGCGGCGGACACGACGUACCUCUACGCGUGGGACGGAUUGAUGCUACCGAGGCCGGAAGAACCGGUGUCCCCGAGCCGCAGCAAGAUCUCGAAACACACACAAAGAUGUUUGCCAUGCAAGGAUUCAAUCAGACGGAGAUGAUUGAGCUUGUGGCAUGCGGACACACACUUGGCGGUGUACAUCACGAAGACUUCCCGGAGAUCACCGGCGACGAUACCGAGGGGAACGUCACUGCCUUCGAGUACGACGACUCACAAUUCACCUUCGACAACAAGGUCGUCACAGAGUAUCUCGCGAACAAGACCUCCAACCCCCUCGUGUCCGGCGCAAAUGACACCAUGAACAGCGACAAGAGGAUCUUCGCGGCAGAUGGCGGCGCCACAAUGCGUGCUCUAUCCGACGCAACGCACUUCCAGUCCCGCUGCGCUACCCUCAUGGCUCGCAUGAUCGACACCGUACCCUCCACUGUCACCCUCUCUGAGCCCCUCACUCCCAUAGACGUAAAGCCGUACGUUAACACACUCGCCCUGAACGCGAACGGUACCGUCGACUUCUCAGGCUACGUCCGCGUCCAUUACGGCGGAGACACCGGACGCUCCGCCGACGACCUCAGCGCAUCUAUCACGUAUGUUAAUCGUGCGGGGAAAACGGUGAGCAAGCCUGUGCAGGCGGUAAGGCCGACUUGGAGAGACGGGACGGCUACCGGCUUUGGAGGCAUCAGCUUUGUGUUCUUCGAGUGGGACACGCAAGUUGAUGCUGAGGAGGGUAUCAGUGCGUUUAACAUCUUUGUUACGACUAAGAGUACGAAUGAGACGGUGGAGUACGAUAAUGGGGGUAAGGGGUUCCCUGUGAAGGACACGGUGCUCUUUCAGCAGAAGCAGUCGUGCCAGACUUUUACGCAGAACGAGAGCGGAGGGUAUGACGGGUCGUUGACGAUUGCGGCUGCUGUGCGGGAUGAUGCUAUCGACAAUACCUCGGCCUCGGAGCUGGCGUUGCAUUACGCGAUGCACGUCCCUCAGGGAGCGGUGCUGGAGCGCUUGGAAACGCAGGUGGAGCCGUUUGUGCAGACGGAGCAGAAGAUCGCUGGGUACACGCUUUUUGAGGUCAAGAACAUGGCCAUCAACGACAAGAGCGACAGCACGACAUUCGACAUCAGCCUUGGUGGCGAGACGGCAGUGGAAUUCCAGAAGACGGGCGCGCUGAGCCAAGAAAGCUGCGUACCGCUCGUGCAGUAA